GAGAAGCAUCCUUUUCCACUAGGAUCUUUAAGAUGCUUCUUCAUCUUUCCUACUCUUAUUUAAGAGUAUGCAUGUCUAGUCCUUCUCCCUGCAAGAAGAAAAAUUGUCGGAUUUAAAAUGGUUUUGGAGAGGGAAGAUGGUCAAAACCAAACUGUCAACAAUGAUCAAAACGAGAUCAAUGUUGAGAUAGGUAAUUGGUUAAGCCUACGCUUUAUUACAGCUGAGGUAGAUUCAGACUGUGGUGGUACGAUUAAGACUUUUAAUUGCAGUUUUUGCCAAAGGAAGUUUUUUAAUUCACAAGCGCUGGGUGGCCAUCAGAAUGCACACAAGAGAGAGAGAAGGGAAGCUAGGAGGCAUAGACUAUUGAUGAAAGAAAUUAGGUCAGUGUCACCUAUUUGCAGUGCUCGAGUUGUUAGGUCACUUGGUAUUCAGCCGCAUUCACUCAUUCAAAAGUCUGUCAGCAGAGAGAUAUUGAUGUCGAGUGAAUCUCGGUAUAAUGAAUUCAGCUGUGGGUUUGGAACCACAUGGAGUGGUAAUCUAUAUAGGCCUGAAGAAGAAAUGGCGGCAUUGGUUUGGCCUGGAAGUUUUCGGACUCCAAAACAGCAGCCUUGCAAGAAACUCAUGAAUCAUAACGAGAUUGACUUGAAUCUCAGCUUAUGAUCAUGGUUUAUUCUUCCUCAAGCUGUCGGCAUAAAUAGAAACCUCAAUUCUGGUGCUAGCCAUAAGAUAAUGUAGUUUUUUUUUUUUUUUCCUUUCCGUUUUCUAUUUUCAGGAUAGGAUGAUCUCUAGAGCCAAACAAACCUAAUUAACCUGACCCAAAACAUGUGCCGCUUAAUACUUGAUUAUUGAUUAUUCUACGCUAUAUUUUGUUCUAAGCAAUACUGGUGAUCUUACUUGUAGUUUGGUUACCUUGAGAUAAUCUUAGCGUAAAAUAAUAACUAGCUUAAUAACUGUAGCCUUUGGACGGUGGUACGAGC